GCUCGCCAUAAGCGCGCAGGAGAGGAAGAAUGGAAGCUCUGAUAGCUUCAUAUGGAGAUGCAUCGUCAGAUUCGGACUCAGAUACUGCUCUUCCAACAGCAACAGCAGCAUCAAUAACUACAAUUUCAAAUACGAAACCGGAGAUCACACCUUUGCCACCUCCUCCUGUAUCACUUCUCAUCCCUCCUAAUUCUAUAGAUUACUUUCAAGCCGGACAGCCAAGUCGAAUGAGAAGCUUCGCUCAUGUUGAAGGCAACUAUGCUUUACACGUGUACAUUCCAGUUUAUAUACCGCCAGCGUCAAAGAAAGAAAUUCUCUCCUUUCUGAAGAAGAUAUCAUCUCUUGUACCUGGUCUUCAUGUUGUUGACGUGGACAUUCCACUUGACAUCUUAUGUAAAGAUGAUCAAAAGCUUGAACAUGUUGCAUUAGGAAGAGAGUUUCACAUUAGCUUGGGUAGAACUGUCCCCAUACGAGUUCAUCAGAUUGAUUCUGUUGUUUCAAUGCUUCGCCAACGCCUUCAAUUUAAAAAUCGAUAUUGGAUUGACUUUAGCAAGUGGGAGGUUUUUGUUAAUGAUGAUAAGACUCGCUCUUUUCUAUCGUUGGAAGUUGUGAACGGAGGAUUAGCUGAGAUCACUAAACAAAUUGAAUCAGUCAAUCAGGUGUAUAAGCUUCAUAAUCUUCCUGAAUUUUAUAAGGAUCCACGCCCUCAUAUAUCCUUGGCUUGGGCCCUGGGUGACAUCAGCGAUUCCUUAAAGAGAGUCGUUGAAGAAGAAAUAAAGAAAUCAAGCAUUGCGGGUUUAGUACAGAAACGUAUAUUUACUUGUAAAUGUAGGGGCAUUGAGUGUAAGAUUGGUAAUAAAACAUACAAUUUUUGUAAAUUUCUGGAUGAACCGUAAAUCCUCUGAGAAAUUCGGAUCUUUAAUUGCAACUUCAGUGAAGGAUUUUGCAUUGUCUGAUGAUUUUCUAGUUUAAUCUUUUUACUGAGUGUAUCAAGAUUUGUAUAUUAGUUGUUUGUCCUUGUAUUUUAUGAUGAAUGAGGAAAGCAUUUAAUUAAUUUGCUC